AUGGAAUUUAGAGACAAGGGUGUUAAGUCUGAUAUGCUAAUUCCAACAAUGCAAGAAAGUGAUAAUGAUAUGAUCGAUCAGAAAAUUAGAGAUGACUCAGUCAUGGGAGAACCAUAUGAUAAAAACAGAGAUACCAAUACUAGCAUUGGAGAAAAUCAACAAGUGCAGCUAGAUGGAAAAAUGAACUACUGUCGCUUAUCUGUUGAGGAUGUUAAGUCAAUGAUAUUUCAAAACUGUGAUGCGGCGGAAGCAUUUUACCGUGCAUAUGCUAAAUAUAAUGGAUUUAGGAUAAGAAAACAUGACUUGAGGAAAUUAUCUAAAGAAAAUAUUAUGAUGUGUAAAUGGGUAUGUUGUAAAGAAGGAAAAAGAGAUACAAAAUGGUAUGAUUUGAAAGAACAAAAGCAUAGACCACGUGUAGAGACAAGAGAAAAUUGCAAGGUAUUAUUUAGGGUCAAAUUUCAUCAAGUCACUGUUGAAUGUGUGGUAAUAGCUUUUGUAAAGAAGCAUAUGCAUAUUCUAGUUCCACCUUCUCAAGUUCAUUUUUUGGCUGCUGAUCGACCAAUCAAAGAAGCUGAUAAAGUACAAGCAAAGUCUAUACAUAUGGUUAGGGUGAGAACAAAUAAAAUCAUUGAUUUAGUUUCUUAUCAAUUAGGUGGCUACUAUAAUAUGGGUUUCACUGAAAAGAAUAUGUAUAAUUACAUAGAUUUAGAGCAAAGAUGA